AUGGUGGGAGGUGAAGAAAUCACUCAGGCAGCAGUGACGGCGGCUCCAAAAGGACCGCGGAACCACUUUGCCAACAGGAACGAACUAAGAACUGGUGUUCAGAAGAUACGCCAGCAUAUGGAAAACUAUCAAACAAAUCCUCACUGGUAUAAUGAGCUAUUCAACUUUUUCCAGGGGGUGGAGGACUUCGCAAAAGACGCCCAGAGUGGGCGUGAAAACUCUGAUUCCGCUUUGGCAGACAUUCACAAAACACUGGAGAGAAUCCAGAACGACACUAAAAAUAUACGGGAGAAGCAGAGCAUCAUAGAGCCCCCUGAUUCAGCAGCUUGUUGGAGAGCUUUCCGGGCACGAAACUGGCAGCACGGAGUACAAAACGCCUCCACCCCAACAUCUCAAGACACGGGCACCACCACCCCGGGAGUACCGCACACGGAGUUAGGAGUUGACUGUGAACUCACAGUCAAGAUACGUGAUGAGGCAAUGCGCGCUGACCUGAAGAAGCUAUCUUCAAUCAAGAUUGUGGAACGGGCUGAGAGAGCACGAGAAAGUGCAGUCAAAAAGUCAAACAACUCUCCCCUUGCAGUGUCAGCCUUUAUUGCCGCACGUCAGCUACCAUCUGGGGAUGUCAGUCUCCGGGCCAGCAACGCCGUGGGGGCAGAGGUCCUCCGACACCAUGCUGAUAAGUGGGUGAAAACAUUUGGCAUGACAACCCAUGUCCGGGUGCCGACCUGGGCCUCGGUGGCCCACGGCGUACUCUGCCGGAGUAUGGAUUUAACACAGGAGAAAAUGAUGGACGUAGCCACUCGGCUCAUAGCAGCAAAUCAACACACCUGGGGAAAGGAAGCUGAAAUCCUCCAUGUGGGGUGGUUGGUGAAACCCCGGAAAGGUGCCGGAGGGAAAGCCAACAAAGCGGCUGGUCAGGGCGCCAACAAGGAAGGUACUGAGUUAUUGGAAGGGCUUGCGGAAAGCCACGGCAUCAGUAAUGAUACAGAUGCGCACGGGACGGAUUGGUCUGAGCCACUACUUAUCUCGCAUUGGGGUCAGAGAAAGCGCAUGGUGCGGGUGCAGGCUGGGCAGCCAGACACCUCAACAUGUCUUGCUGGCAUGUCCACUUUUGACGGAGCUAAGGAAAAUGAUGUGGAGAAAACUGGAGGCGAAAAAGAUAUCCCGGACACUGGGGAUAGACGAGCUGCUUUCGGAGCCGAAGGCAUCGGUGGCUAUCGCCGAUUUCAUGGUCCAAACGGGUCUGCUCUCCCAAUUCAAUGCGGUGGAUGAGGGAGCACUUGGUACAACAAAUGAGGACAACGCAGCACAGGGUAGCUGAGUGUGGGAAAUGAAGAGCAGCGCGAAUAGUGGCCACAACGCCAGGAUAGUGGUGGCCACAGGAGGAAACCAAUGAAUACAAUAACUGCCAGGACCGGGCAGCCAAUGACAGGGAGUGUAUGAGGAUGAGGAACUGGUGAGGUCGGUGAUACGACAGUCUGGUGAUGCAGCAAAGCCGGGUGGCCCAGCGAGAGGAUGGACAGUGAUGGUGAUGAGGGCAUACGGCUGGGUUGAUGUUUAAGCUUUUGAUAGAUUGUUUGCAUACUUCUUCUCGCAGGGACGGUGGCCGGAGGAACCAAUCCGUCGGCUAAACCUCCUCUUCUCCAGUGCUGGCGCUGGCUGUUGACAGCUCGGAAGCUGCGCUUCGAGCACUCCUGCAUAGCGACAUGUAUAUAGAGUCAGCUACAACAGGAAUAAGAGGUCUAC